AUGAAUUCCCGAAGCGUUUCGAGCUUCGCCGCUCAUUUCGAGAGACUCUCAAUAUCAUCCCGACCAUUACGACCAGUUAACACCCGCCUGGCGCCGUGGGCUCUAGGUCGCUCAGACAAUGCCACCCUCUCCUGCCGAUCGUUCUCCAGUACAGCCAUGAAGGGGGGGAAUUGGCUUCUACCAACGGCGCCGGAGAAGAAGCGAUCACGGAAAGGCCGUCCUCGUGUACCAACUGGAGGGUCUGCAAGAGGCACAACAAUUGUAUGGGGCGACUACGGACUCAGGAUGAGCGACCAUCAUCGCCGGGUCAGCGCAUUACAAUUGAAGAACGGAGAGGAGGCUAUCAAAGUGCGCCUAAAGGGAAUGCGGUAUCGAUUGUAUAAGAGGGUUUGUGCGAGUAUUGGUGUUUAUAGCAGUGGUAAUGAGGUUCGUAUGGGUAAAGGAAAAGGUUCUUUCGAUCAUUGGGCGUCCAGGAUUGCUGUCAGCAAGGUCAUCUUCGAGUUGAAAGGAGAUGUCCAUGAACAGGUGGCCAGAGAUGCUUUUCGGUUGGCUGGGAACAAGAUGCCAGGCAUGUAUGAAUUUGUCAAGAAGGGAGACCCACCUGUCGUUGGUAUCACAAAAUUGGAUGGGGUUACGCUGGAAGAGUUGAAGCGUCCUAGACGGAAGGUUCCUUUGGGCUCGGUGCCCGUAGGCUCAACAGCGGAAACUUUGCCAAAAACAACUUCGGCAUCUGUGUCACCGGAUGCUUAG